UGUAAGGCAGAAUCAACAGAGUGAGAGAGAGAGAGAGAGAUGAAGGAGACGAGCACAGCCGGCGAGACGUCGAUUUCGGUGGACGAGAGGUAUACCCAGUGGAAGUCUCUCGUUCCGGUGCUCUACGACUGGCUGGCCAACCACAACCUCGUCUGGCCCUCCCUCUCCUGCCGAUGGGGUCCGCAAUUGGAGCAAGCUACGUAUAAGAAUCGGCAACGGCUUUACCUUUCAGAGCAGACCGAUGGCAGUGUUCCGAAUACCUUAGUUAUAGCAAACUGUGAAGUCGUUAAACCUAGGGUAGCUGCCGCAGAGCAUAUUGCUCAGUUCAACGAGGAAGCGCGGUCACCCUUUGUAAAGAAGUUCAAAACAAUUAUACAUCCAGGAGAGGUGAACCGAAUCAGGGAACUGCCACAGAAUAGUAAGAUAGUGGCCACACACACUGACAGUCCUGAUGUCCUCAUUUGGGAUGUUGAAACUCAACCUAAUCGUCAUGCUGUAUUGGGAACUCCAGAAUCUCGUCCAGAUUUGAUAUUAACUGGGCAUAAAGAUAAUGCAGAAUUUGCUCUUGCCAUGUGUCCAACUGAACCAUUGGUGCUCUCUGGAGGCAAGGAUAAGUCUGUGGUGUUGUGGAGUAUUCAGGAUCACAUCUCAACUUUGGCAGCAGAUCCAGGGUCAGCAAAGAGUACCUCUAAGGCUGGUGGUGGUAAUGAUAAACCUGUAGAAAGCCCUUCUAUAGGAGCACGUGGUAUCUACCAAGGGCAUGAUGAUACUGUUGAAGAUGUGCAAUUCUGCCCAUUAAGCGCACAGGAGUUCUGUAGCGUAGGUGAUGAUUCUUGCCUUAUCUUAUGGGAUGCAAGAUCUGGCACCACUCCAGCCAUCAAGGUUGAGAAAGCUCAUAAUGCUGAUCUUCACUGUGUUGAUUGGAAUCCUCAUGACAUAAAUCUUAUUCUAACUGGGUCAGCUGACAAUACUGUUCGCAUGUUUGAUCGCCGAAAGCUUUCGUCUGGUGGAAUUGGAUCACCAAUCCAUACAUUUGAGGGCCAUACUGCUGCUGUCCUUUGUGUACAGUGGUCUCCGGACAAGGCUUCAAUCUUUGGAAGUUCUGCAGAAGAUGGUAUCUUAAACCUCUGGAAUCAUGAAAAGAUUGAUAAGAAGCAAGCUCCUAACGCUCCUCCAGGUUUAUUCUUCAGACAUGCUGGCCAUAGGGAUAAGGUCGUGGACUUCCAUUGGAAUGCAUCCGAUCCAUGGACAAUUGUUAGCGUAUCUGAUGAUGGUGAAAGUACUGGUGGAGGCGGUACACUUCAGAUAUGGCGGAUGAUCGAUCUGAUUUACAGGAACGAAGAUGAGGUGCUGGCUGAGCUCGAUAACUUCAAAGCUCAUUUGGCCACAUGCUCCCCCUGAACACUCCCUCCAUGGCUAUGGCUUCCAUUUGGUUUCAGAAAAAGCAGUAACCCUUUGGGUUAAUGUAUAGAGAAAAUUGGAAAAUGGUGCCUUGCUCUCUUUGCAGAUGUUGCAUUUUGAUGUAAUUUCAUGUGCUCAAUAUUUGAAUUUAAGCAACUAUAUGCUAUUAUGCUUUUCAACAAUUUGUACUAUGAAAGUAUUGCAACAGAAAUGUGUUCUUAGUUGUGUCUUUGGUACCAAUGGAAUUUUUUUUUUAA